GGGUACUGCACGCGCACCGCGAGCGGCAGGGCCACGAGCACCAGCCGCAGCAAGCCAACAGCCUUUCCGGGUUCUGGCAUCUAGCAUCCCCAAUUCUACGAUCUCCAUUGCUCGAUUGCAGCCCCCUCACUGGUGUGUAUUGCUUUUUCUCUCACACAAUUCCAUAUUAACGUCACUUAUAAAUUCAGAUAUUAAGUGAAUAAUUGAAUCAUUGGUGCAUUCAUUUGUAUUGCUUCCGUGUGUUAUCAGGAUGUUUGGCCAUGAAGAAUGAAAACAUUUUUGAAUUUAGCGUAUUAUGGGACCUUUUUAGCUAUAUUAUUGACCUUGUUAGCUAUAUUAUAAUAUUAUUGUAAAUUUGGUUAUUAUAUAUGAUAUUGUUAUCGAAUUGCUACUAGAUUAUACCGUACUGCACUUUAAAAAUUUUUAUCCAGGACUACCCUAGUCUCAAAUCCUGAGCCCGCCACUGACUUGUGGGCGACUGUGCAACCCGCAGAACAGGAUAGCCAGUUAGCCACCACCCUCCCGGCGCGGCGGUAAGCAUCCCGCCCCACCUGCUGCACCCUCACAAGUCUAAAACCCCUCUCUUGAGCCGAGCAAAACCGCCGCCGCUCCCCCGCUGGGAAGCCGUUUAAGAUGGGGUACAAUCGCAACAGGCGUGGCCGCGGAUCCUCGUCGUCGUCUUCUUCACGCCGCAACAAGCAAGAAGCCUCCUGGGAUGAUGGUCCUGGGACAUCACUUCCAAGGCACGAAGAUACCGAAGAGGAAUUUAAAGGUUCGAGAAUUCAGCUUGCAAUGUGGGACUUUGGGCAAUGUGAUGUUAAAAGGUGUACUGGUCGUAAGCUUUCAAGAUUUGGGCUUCUAAAGGAGUUACGGGUGACCAAUGGUUUUGGUGGUGUUGUUCUCAGCCCUGUUGGGACACAAUGUGUAUCCAAGGCAGAUCAUCAUAUUGUGCAGAGAAAAGGAUUGGCUGUGGUUGAUUGUUCCUGGGCACGUUUAAGUGACGUCCCUUUUGUGAAACUCCGCUGUGGUGCUCCUCGCCUCUUGCCAUGGUUGGUAGCAGCAAACCCUGUGAACUAUGGCCGCCCAUGUGAACUGUCUUGUGUGGAAGCAUUAUCAGCAGCCCUCAUAAUAUGUGGGGAGGAAGACACGGGACAUUUACUGCUUGGGAAAUUCAAGUGGGGUCACUCAUUCUUGUCACUAAACAGAGACCUCCUGAAAGCGUACUCCAAAUGUGAAAAUGGAUCUGAGAUAAUUAAUGUGCAGAACUCCUGGUUAUCAAGUAAUUUGAGUGUUCCAAAGCCACCUGUAAAUGAGGCAGAAAAAUCACGCCAAAGCAAAGAGGAAGGAUCUGAGGGUGAUUCUGACGAUGAUUUGCCGCCUCUCGAGGAAAAUCCGAACCACUUGAACCUCAACCAAGAUGAGGAAAGCGAGGAUGGAUCUGAGGGCGAUUCUGACGAUGAUUUGCCACCUCUCGAGGAGAACUUGAACCACUUGAACCUCAACCAAGAUGAGGAAAGCGAGGAAGAAAGUGAAAGUAAAAGGAAGGGCUAAAACGGCGGGGUCUUGGCAACAGUUGAAAAAUAAUUGAGCAAAAGUGACUUGUAAGCGCCUGCUGUGAACCCCCCAAAAAAAAACUUGGGUAGUAUCUUUCGGUAUAUGAUCCGAAUAAACUUGAGUUUCCUUUGUGUAUGGGUCAUGGAUCCAUUCAUGGUUGAAAAUGAAUCCUUGUACAGCUGUGGUGCAUACCUGUGUAGCACAAGCUAUGUAAACAGAAGGGGCUGUAAGAUCUUUUCCUCCUUUUUCAGAGCUUUUGAAGCACUACAUCGAGUUCUUUAGGCAAUGUGUAAAAAUUGAAAUUACUCUUAUAAGUAGUUUCAAAUAAAGCAAUGGAGAUACAUGUGUA